UAACCCCCACCAUCACAGCCACUGCAUUAGUCAUCAAGUCGAUCCUCGAAGUUUCGAACACAAGUCUUCCUUUCUGUUUCAUACCAUAACCAGCGACAUGGACGGUUCAAGUAUCUGGCAACUUUUUGUCAGGGGACUCGAGGGAAAAACAACCGUCAUACGGAUCCACAAGGAUGCCACAGUAGACGAACUCAUCAAGAAAAUCAGUGAGAAGAACAAAAUCCCCCCCGAGACCCAGCGAGUCCUGUACACCACCAAGCAGCUAGAGUACGGCCAGGGGAAAUAUCUCUCCGACUACAACAUGCAGAACGAGUCCACUCUUUUUGUCGUCCUGCGUCUGCCCGGGGGUAGCAAACAGCUGGAUGAAGAUGUGGAGACGACGGACGCUCCUGACAUGAUCAGCUGGGAGGACGACCCCAACACUCCCCGCGCCAAGAUGUCCUGUGGACACGCCAUCACUCCAGAGACUCUCACCACCUACUGCGAGAGUCUGCUGAGUGCUGGGAAGUAUGUGUUCAAGUGUCCCUACAUCAGCCCAGCUACAGAGUACUGUGGGAGGGAGUGGUCCUAUCUGGAGGUCCGGCGCCUUGCCGUUCUCACCCUGGAUGAACAGAAGCAGUUUGAGAUCAAGAUCUCCGACAACUACCUCAGGGCCUGUCUGAAGUGUGGCAUGCUCAUUGAACAUGAGAGGGCCUGCAAACACAUGGUAAUAUCCUGUGAAUGUGAUGACACUUGGCUCUAACAUUGCCUGACCUCAGAUUCUAAUGUUGCCUGAUCGUGUUUAUCUAGAGUCAUGUAGAGUAUUUUCUUUACUCUAUUAAUGCAUUCUCCACUUGCAUUCUCCAUUCUCCGCUUACCUUAGGCCUAGGGAUAAAAAUGUUGUGUUUCCUGUUUCCCAAC